GUUGCGUUUGAUUAUUUUGACAGUGCUUGACAGUCAAAAGGAAUCAUUAACCGUCGUAGAGAUUUUAAAUUAUUAUAAACUAGUGAUAAUAUUACGAGAUUAUAUCAAAGUUCUUUGUGGAGUGGUGAGGUGCUUGGAGAUAAUUUGAAAUGGAGGAAGACACCGAAUACACAAAGUUGUCUGUCGAAGAUCGAUGCGUACAUAAGUUGUGGAAAGCUCGAUUGCACGGUUACGAGGAAUGUGCAAAUAUAUUUCGGCGUAUCGAUGACGAAAAGUCUCCCGAAUGGAAUAAAUUCCUUGGACUUGUGAAGAAGUUUGUUACAGACAGUAAUGCUGUAGCACAAGAAAAAGGCUUGGAGGCGGUACUAGCUUAUGUUGAAAAUGCUGCUGCAGCUGGAAAAACUGUAGGAGAAGUUAUGAGCGGAAUCGUUUCCAAAUGCAUUGCUGCACCUAGAACAAAGACCAAGGACUUGGCUAUUCAGGUCACUUUAAUGUAUAUCGAGAUAGAGAAGCAUGAAGCGGUGCAAGAAGAGUUAUUAAAAGGAACAGAAGCAAAGAAUCCAAAAAUUGUAGCCGCGUGCAUCGCCACUUUGACGCUUGCCCUGAGAGAGUUCGGAUCAAGAGUCAUUGGCGUGAAACCCCUCAUAAAAAAAAUGCCUAAUUUUUUGGAGGACAGGGAUAAAGCUGUGAGAGAAGAAGGAAAAUUGAUGAUCGUUGAAAUUUAUAGGUGGAUUGGAGUACCCUUGAAACAGCAACUCAAUACACUGAAACAAGUCCAAAUAACCGAGUUGGAAACAGAGUUCAAUAAACUUAAAGGUGAAAAAGUUGGCCCUAAUCGUUACCUCAAGUCUCAAAAACCAAAAGUUACCUGUGUGGUCGACUCAGCUGAUGUACAAGCGGAGGGUGAUGAAGAGGUAGAGGAUGACGUAGUUGCGCAGGACAUCGAUCCGUAUGAGCUCUUGGAUCCAGUUGACAUCCUCUCUAAAUUGCCGAAAGAUUUUUACGAAAAUGUCGAGGCGAAAAAAUGGCAGGACCGUAAGGAGGCUAUUGAGUUCCUCGAAAACUUGUGUAAGAAUCCCAAACUCGAGAGUGGGGAUUACGGAGACGUUGUACGAGCGUUGAAAAAGAUUAUAAGCAAGGAUUCGAAUGUCUUGGUUGUGGCACUAGCGGGUAAAUGUCUAGCUGGUCUAGCUAAUGGGUUAAAAAAACGUUUUCAACCUUAUGCAUUAGCCUGUUUGCCGGCAAUAUUCGAGAAGUUUCGCGAAAAGAAACAGAAUGUUGUUCAAGCUCUGAGGGAGGCCGCAGACGCAAUAUACCUCAGCACCAAUAUUGAAGCUAUUCUGGAAGACGUCUCAAUAGCAUUGGAAAACAAGAAUCCUUCGGUCAAAGCAGAGACGGCGGCUUUUGUUGCGCGUUGUUUCGCUCGAACUCCACCGACAAGUUUGAAUAAAAAGCUAUUGAAAGCAUAUACUGGAAUAUUAAUCAAAACUCUCAACGAACCAGAUCCAACUGUGAGAGACUAUUCUGCCGAUGCUGUUGGUACGGCAAUGAAAUUGGUGGGUGAAAAGGCGAUAUUGCCAUUCCUAGCUGAUUUGGAUAACUUGAAAAUGGCAAAGAUCAAAGAAUGCUCGGAAAAGGCAGUAAUAAUUGUCAAGCUACCUAUUGCACGAAAGGGAACUGGCGAUAGACCAAAUACUGCUCCUGCCAAGAUUGAAUCACCUUCAAAAUUGAAGGAUACCGAUAACUUACCGCCACCAAAAUCUAAGCGGUCCAACGCUACAGCUACUAAGAAACCUGCAACAAAAAAACCUUCGGUCUCUUCGAUGACUAAUUUGGCCCCAAAGAAAUCAAGUGCAAAGGUACAGAUCGAGAGAAAUUUGAGUAGCGAAGAGAUUGACGAUUUAGCAGCACAAAUUCUACCCCUAGAGGUUCUGUCUGGGCUUGGCGAUGGUAACUGGAAGAUUCGUCUAGCUGCGGUUCAACAACUAAUUCAGGUUGUUCAAGAAAUGGAUACCGCAGACGUUUCUACACAGGUCGUUGUUCGUACGUUGGCAAAGAAGCCCGGUUUCAAAGACACAAACUUUCAAGUUUUAAGACUGAGGUUGGAAACUGUAAAAAUGUUGGCAGAAACUUACAAUUUCUCGAGCAUUGUUGCUGAGUACUGUGUCAUGGAUAUAAGUGAGAAGCUAGGUGAUGCAAAGAACAGUAAUAUUGCCGGUGAAACUUUAUUUGCCAUCGCAGAAGCCACGAGCUUGGAUUCUGUGGCAAAUGAAGUAAUGGGAUUUGCUUUCAAUCAGAAGAAUCCUAAAGUUCAGCAGGAAACACUCUUGUGGCUUACUAGAGCUGUCGAGGAGUUUGGAUUCGUGAUCAAUGUCAAGACUUUGAUGGAAAAUAUCAAAAAGGCAGUGUCUGCUACUAAUUCGACUGUGCGAACCGCUGCCAUUUCUCUUCUGGGUACACUGUACGUAUAUAUGGGAAAACCUCUUCUCAUGUAUUUCGACAAUGAGAAACCAGCUUUGAAACAACAGAUUGACCAGGAAUGUGAAAAGCGAUUCGGAGAAACACCGUCAGCUCCAAAACGUGGUAGCAAGGGAAAUAGACGUAAUGUCGACGAAGACGAUGACGGGAAUAUCGAUGGAAAGGAGUCUUUAUCCGAGGUUGAUGUAGCCGAUCUCAUGCCUCGAGUUGACAUCAGCAACCAACUAACGGAGAGCUUAUUAAACGAACUUUGUGAUAAAAACUGGAAGGUUCGCAACGAAGGGCUUCAGAAAAUAAACACAAUAUUGAACGAUGCUAAGUUCAUCAAGGGAUCAAUUGGUGAACUCCCUCAAGGAUUGGCGCUUAGAUUGGUGGACAGUAAUAGUAAAAUUGCCCAGUCGACAUUAGGGGUUUGUCAGACUUUGGCCACGGCAAUGGGGUCACCUGCUAAACAGCAUAUUCGCACGCUAUUCCCUGGUUUCUUGCAGUGCCUGGGCGAUUCCAAGACGUGGAUUCGGACCGCAGCAAUUUCGUGCAUGAAUACAUGGGGUGACGAAUGUGGUUACAAAGAGUUUUUCGAAGGAGAAAUGAUCGGGGAUGCUUUGAGGACAGGAUCUCCAACACUUCGUUCCGAACUGUGGAAUUGGUUGACUCAGAAGCUGCCGUUGAUCCCCGUUAAACAAAUCCCCAAAGAAGAGCUUCUGGUUUGUCUACCGCACUUAUUCAACAAUUUGGAGGACCGUAAUUCUGAUGUCAGGAAGAAUGCUCAAGAGGCUGUACUCGGUUAUAUGAUUCAUCUUUCCUAUGAAACUAUGGCGAGAAGUUCGGAGAAGCUGAAGCCCGGAUCUAAAUCUGUAGUCCUCGCGGCAUUGGACAAAUCCCGGCCAAACUUACCCGUCAAACCGCUUCCUAAAAAACAACCUGUCGAAAGUACAUUACAACAAAAAACGGUAAAAAGCGGCGGAGCAUUGAAGGCAGGUAGAACAACGAUUAAGACUAAGGCUGGAAACACGUCCAAGCCCGGAAGUGCUCGUAAAAAAGAUGAUGAUAUAGACACUAGCCCGUUAUUGGCAACGAAUAAUUUAAAACAUCAGCGAGUCAUCGAUGAACAAAAAAUGAAGGUGUUGAAAUGGAAUUUCACUACACCGAGAGAGGAAUUUGUUGAAUUACUCAAAGAAUUGAUGACCGCUGCGAGCGUCAAUAAAACUUUAAUGGCAAAUAUGUUCCAUUCUGAUUUUCGAUAUCAUUUGAAGGCAAUAGAAUCCUUGACGGAGGACUUGAGCGGUAACAGUCAAGCUUUAGUAUCGAAUCUCGAUCUCAUUCUCAAGUGGUUGACGUUGAGAUUCUUCGAUACAAAUCCCUCCGUGUUACUCAAAGGCUUAGAUUAUCUCCAAACAGUAUUUAACAUACUUAUCGAUGACGAAUAUCACAUGCUCGAAAAUGAAGCUGCAUCGUUCAUACCUUAUCUCGUGACUAAGAUCGGAGACCCCAAAGAUGCCGUAAGGAACGGCGUCCGUGCUUUGUUCAAACAAAUUGCACUGGUAUUUCCAGUUAGCAAAUUAUUCUCCUAUGUAAUGGAGGGCAUCAAGUCCAAAAACGCUCGUCAGAGGACAGAAUGUCUCGAUCAAUUGGGAUCGUUGAUCGAAAAUUACGGAGUGUCCGUAUGCCAACCCAAUGCAUCUGUAGCAUUGAAAGAAGUUGCCAAACAAAUUGCAGAUAGAGACAAUUCAGUUCGUAAUGCGGCAUUGAAUUGCAUCGUUCAGGCAUAUUUCCUCGAGGGUGAACGAGUCUACAAACUUAUUGGCCAGAUUUCGGAAAAAGAUCAAUCGUUGUUGGAUGAGCGCAUCAAGAGGGCGGCAAAGAAUCGUCCGACAAAAUCGGCAUCGUUGGCCAGAAUUGCCGUACCACCCGCUGCAUCCGCCAAUACCGUGUCGGAUGACGGUGAAGCUGAUUACGACGAAGAAGACGAGGAGCCAUUUGAACAGGAAUCCGAACCAGUCCAUAAUUCAAACGGCGACCAGAAAAAUACAGGAAAAACACACGAAGGCUGCGAAAUCAUCAGAGACACUGCUCAUGUCGAUUCGAUUGACCGACUUCAAGGAAAAAUGGAAUCUUGUGGAAAUCCACAACUCUAUGGAACCCAAUCCACUUCUGAGAAUCAUCGGCCUGAUAUUUUUCAUCUUGAUAGUGUUCAAACAAAUCCGGUUGCAGUCCCACAAUUACGUCCAAAAGUAACUGGACCGUUUGGUCUUGAUCUGGAAUGGUUAGAGAGACUAGAAUCGAAUGCUCCAAAAGCCCGGAUUCCGAAACUCGUGGAUAUUUCCAUUUCAUUCCUCAAUGACCCGGUCAAGCCGUUGAACACUAGGUCAGCGUCUCAAAUAAUUCCAAUUUCGCCACCAAAAUUAUUGGCACCUAAAUCGGGAGCUCUCUCCCCAUUGGGAAUGCAAACAGGAAAAGAAGACAGCUUGGAACUCGAAAUUCUAGCAUUGUCCAGCACCGAUCUUCAACUCGCGAUUCAGGCUUUCAACAAAAUGGAAAAUGUAUUAAAAUCCCAUCAGGUUAACCAACUAUUAACGAAGGAAGACAAAUUUAUAAGCGCUGUAAAUAUGCAACUGAAGAUUUUGCAGACCUAUCCUUUGGAUUCAAGAAAUACGGAUGUAUCGAAAUGUUUUAGAAAUACAUUCAUGGUGAUACUUUCGUUCUACGACUCUGGUCUCCUUGGUAGAAAUGUGCCAGCGUUACAGUUGAAGGAACUAGUAGACCAAUUAAUCGGUUUACUAGCUGAUAAUAAAUUGGAUCGUUUGAACGAAGGCGACGCCUAUAUUCGAGUGGUUAAUCACAUCGUUGUCAAAGUUAUAGACCAUUCGAAUCAUACUACAAUCAUCUGUGUACUGAUAAAAUUGCUUCAUGGUUGCGCCCAAUCUAACGCACCCCCCAAAUAUGAGGAAUUGGUGAUGAAGUGUUUGUGGAAGAUAGUUAAGAUGAUGCCAAACUGGGCUGCGGAUUUAGAUUAUGACACAAUCCUGCGUGAAGUACACUAUUUCUUCAGGGACUAUCCGACUACCUGGUGGAGGCAAAGAAGGUCCGACACUCCGUUGCGUACGGUCAAGACUGUACUCCAUAGCAUGACCCGGGUGAAGGGGAAUGCCAUUCUGAAUCACUUGAGUUUAAUAACCAAGACGGACGAGUCGGAAUUGUAUUCUUACCUCAUAAGACUCAUCGGGACAUUGAAGCCAGAUGACAUGGACGCACCGUCGCGAGGAAUAUCCAAGUCUGGUAAUUCAGCAAAAACACCGAAGCACUUGUCCAAAUUGAUGCAUCAACAGUUGUCAGAGAUAUUCAAAAAGAUCGGCUCAAGGCACCAUACGCAGGAGGGUCUAGUACAAUUGUACGAUUUUAAGCUACAGUAUCCAGAAGCUGAUAUCUAUGUACAGCCCUUCCUACUUAAAUCUCACCAGUAUUUUCGAGAUUACAUCGAACAGGGACUCAGGGACAUCAACCAAGCGAGAAAGAGUCAACCCAUUAUCACAGAAACAAAUAAUCAAUGUGUCACAGAUGUUUCCGGAGCUCCGAGAUCACCACCGGACGAUAGAUCUACCAUGGACCCGUUGUCCAGGCUUGAGAGACUCCGCAAUUUAGAAGCACAAUUCAAACCAACAUCACCGAGCCAAUCGAACCAAACAUGAAUCAACUCUGUUCUCGAUCAAUAUUAUGGAGCUGCAGUGCUUAAGUAACUGGAUUACCGAGUAUAGAAAACAAUCUACAAACAUGUACCCAACACCGUUUCUUUGAAGUCCGGUAUGAGAUUGACAGUAGCUGUUUUCUCUAUUUCCUAUUUUCACAGUAGUUGUGUAUAGCGGGCACCAAUAUUAAUAAUGUAUCAUUAAUGUGUUAUAAUUUUGAUGGCGUUUCUCCGUAAAUCACAGAAGAAAUUAAAAAGUAGAUGACAAAAUAUCUCGCGAUUUGAGACUGAUUUUGUAACUCACUGAUUUUAAAUUGUGUUAUUUUCCUAAUAAAUCAUCUGGCUUUUUAA